AUUUAGUUUUAAAAUUAAAUUCUUCAAAUCUAGUUGUGCUCAGGUGUUGUGACUGGCAAUCGUACCUCGCGUAUAUUAUGUUUCGUUUUUUAAUAUUUUGUGCUCUCUUAUUGGUUGUCCCACAACAAGGAUGGACCCUCGCAACGGGCGAUUUAACACCAGAACACCCCCCGGAUGUAAUACGCCGUGCCAAAUCCGCUGAAAUGUUCAAAUACAUGAAUCAAUCGGCCGAUCCCUGUGAGGACUUUUAUCAAUACGCCUGUGGCAACUUUGCCAAACACAAUCCAGUGACCGAAGAUAAUCCAGCCAUUGGCAUUGGCGAAGUAUUGUCAGAGAAAAUGAAUGUCCGAGUAAGGGGUGAAUUGGAGACCGACUAUCCCACCGACACCAAAGCCUAUACAAAUGUUAAGAAUUUCUUUAAAUCAUGUCUGAAAAUCCAGCAUUCUCUGGAUGAGGAGUACAACGAAGAGCUGAGGGAAGUUGUUAGUGCAUUUGGAGAAAUGCCGCUGUUAGUUGGCGAUUCAUGGCGCGAAGAGGAUUUUGAUUGGGUCAAGGUUUUGGCACAAAUGAUUUACAAAACUGGCCAGGAGUUGUUGUUCAAUGUCAUGGUUCUACCCGAUUUUAGUGACAACACCAUUAAUCGUGUCAUCUUUGGAGAGCCACGUCUUCCCAUGCAAAAUCCCGAAGUUUACACCGGCGAGGCAUUUGCCGAUAGCCGAGAGAGGAUCAUUGAAUAUUCGACAUAUUAUUUGCACAACUAUUUCGGAGUGAACGAAUCGAUGGCCACGCAAAUUGCAUGGGAAAUUUUGAAUUUCGAAAUUUCUCUGGCCCAUGGCAUGGAUGAUCCCAAGGCCGGUCACCAGCCAUCGGAAAUGUUUACCCUGAUGGAUAUGGAUGAAAUGGAACAAAACUACAAAAAUAUGGGUGAUCUAAGGCAAUUGAUACAUGACAUCAUGGGUAGCACUGACAUCGACGAGGUUUACGUCCAGGUGUCAUAUUUGGAUCAUGUUCGAGAUAUCCUCAAGAAAACCCCCAAGCGUAUUGUGGCAAAUUAUCUGUUCUUCUCCUACAUGGCUGAUUAUAUGGUCGAACCGAAAACCGAAGACAACGAGGUAGUGGAAUACUGCAUAGAAAAGACCAAGUCGUAUUUCUACAAAGUUAUGGACAACAUGGUCUAUCGCAAGUACAUUCCCCAAAACACCGAACGGACAUUAUACCAAAUUUGGAGAGAGCUAAAGACAGCGUUCCUGGAUAUUUUGUACUCACCACGUCUGGAUUGGAUACGUGACGAUACCAAAAAGGAGGCUGUGGAAAAGCUAAAACAAAUGAAAUUGAAAAUACUCUCCUAUGAACAUCCCAAAGAUGUUGCGGAUGUGGAGAAAAUGGAUAUAAGUGAUCAGCAUUUUGUUCGAAACAUCGAUGAAAUACGUCGGACGAGGGGUGAGAAGGCAAGGGCCAAACUGAAUGAACCACCCAAGGCCUUGCAGAUGGGUGCAGAAGCCUCCACAACGCCCUAUUACAAUCCAUUCGAAAAUAUGGUUUACAUGCCGGUGAGUUUCCUUCAACCCUACUAUGCCUGGUCCACGGAGUUCCCAUCGGCCUACAAUUUUGCCUUUUUGGGUUUCUUUGUGUCACACGAACUGGUUCAUGGCUUCGACAACAGUGGUCGCAAUUUUGAUGCCAAGGGUAAUGCACGAAAUUGGUGGGACGCCACCACGGAUCAGGUGUUCCGUGAACGCAGCAAAUGUUUUAUAAAUCAAUACAAAAAUCUGGUUUAUUUCGGCCAUCAUUUACCCGAAAUGCCGUCACAAGCUGAGAAUAUAGCCGAUGGCGGUGGUGUGCGCUUGGCAUAUGAAGCUUAUCUCAGCUGGUAUCGCAAACAUGCCCAAGACGAUGAGAGGCUCGCAUUGCCUGAUCUAAGCAGUUACACACACAAACAACUAUUUUUUGUUUCGUACGCUCAGGUAUGGUGUUCGAAUUAUGCUGAGAUUUAUAUAGCCAAUCAGCUGGCCGAUACCCAUACACCGAAUCAGCUGCGUGACAUUGGACCUUUGGCUAAUUUCGAUGAAUUCGCCAAGGCCUUCAAUUGCCCCGAGGGUAGCUAUAUGAAUCCGUCGAAUAAGUGUAUGAUUUAUUAAUUAAUUUGUUUUGAGUUUUGCUGUUGUAAAUAAAAUUGGAGAAACAUA